AUGAGGAGUUUGUCCAGAAACACAAUCACCUCCUUCAGCUACAGUGCUUUCGGCUACAGUGCCUUCAGCUACAGUGCCUUCAGCUACAGUGCCUUCAGCUACAGUGCCUUCAGCUACAGUGCCUUCAGCUACAGCGCCUUCAGCUACAGUGCUUUCGGCUACAGCGCCUUCAGCUACAGUGCCUUCAGCUACAGUGCCUUCAGCUACAGUGCCUUCAGCUACAGUGCCUUCAGCUACAGCUUCAGCUACAGCGCCUUCAGCUACAGUGCCUUCAGCUACAGUGCCUUCAGCUACAGCUUCAGCUACAGCGCCUUCAGCUACAGUGCCUUCAGCUACAGUGCCUUCAGCUACAGCUUCAGCUACAGUGCCUUCAGCUACAGCUUCAGCUACAGUGCUUUCAGCUACAGUGCCUUCAGCUACAGCUUCAGCUACACUACAGUGCCUUCAGCUACAGUCAGCGCCUUCAGCUACAGCGCCUUCAGCUACAGCGCCUUCCGCUACAGCGCCUUCCGCUACAGCGCCUUCCGCUACAGCGCCUUCGGCUACAGCGCUUUCAGCUACAGUGCCUUCAGCUACAGUGCUUUCAGCUACAGUGCUUUCAGCUACAGUGCCUUCAGCUACAGUGCCUUCAGCUACAGCUUCAGCUACAGUGCCUUCAGCUACAGUGCCUUCAGCUACAGUGCCUUCAGCUACAGUGCUUUCAGCUACAGUGCCUUCAGCUACAGUGCCUUCAGCUACAGCUUCAGCUACAGUGCCUUCAGCUACAGUGCCUUCAGCUACAGUGCCUUCGGCUACAGUGCCUUCGGCUACAGUGCCUUCAGCUACAGCUUCAGCUACAGUGCCUUCAGCUACAGUGCUUUCAGCUACAGUGCUUUCAGCUACAGUGCCUUCAGCUACAGUGCUUUCAGCUACAGCUUCAGCUACAGUGCCUUCAGCUACAGUGCCUUCAGCUACAGUGCCUUCGGCUACAGUGCCUUCGGCUACAGUGCCUUCAGCUACAGUGCCUUCAGCUACAGUGCUUUCAGCUACAGUGCCUUCAGCUACAGUGCUUUCAGCUACAGUGCCUUCAGCUACAGUGCCUUCAGCUACAGUGCCUUCGGCUACAGUGCCUUCAGCUACAGUGCCUUCGGCUACAGCUACAGUGCCUUCAGCUACAGUGCCUUCAGCUACAGUGCCUUCAGCUACAGUGCCUUCAGCUACAGUGCCUUCAGCUACAGUGCCUUCGGCUACAGCGGCAGUGCUUUCAGCUACAGUGCUUUCAGCUACAGUGCCUUCAGCUACAGUGCCUUCAGCUACAGUGCCUUCAGCUACAGUGCCUUCUGCUACAGCUUCAGCUACAGUGCCUUCAGCUACAGUGCCUUCAGCUACAGUGCCUUCGGCUACAGCGGCAGUGCUUUCAGCUACAGUGCCUUCAGCUACAGUGCUUUCAGCUACAGUGCUUUCAGCUACAGUGCCUUCAGCUACAGUGCCUUCAGCUACAGUGCUUUCAGCUACAGCUUCAGCUACAGUGCCUUCAGCUACAGUGCCUUCGGCUACAGUGCCUUCGGCUACAGUGCCUUCGGCUACAGUGCCUUCAGCUACAGUGCCUUCAGCUACAGUGCUUUCAGCUACAGUGCCUUCAGCUACAGUGCCUUCAGCUACAGUGCCUUCAGCUACAGUGCUUUCAGCUACAGUGCUUUCAGCUACAGUGCCUUCAGCUACAGUGCCUUCAGCUACACUACAGUGCUUCAGCUACAGUGCCUUCAGCUACAGUGCCUUCAGCUACAGUGCUUCAGCUACAGUGCCUUCAGCUACAGUGCCUUCAGCUACAGUGCCUUCGGCUACAGCGGCAGUGCUUUCAGCUACAGUGCCUUCAGCUACAGUGCUUUCAGCUACAGUGCUUUCAGCUACAGUGCCUUCAGCUACAGUGCUUUCAGCUACAGCUUCAGCUACAGUGCCUUCAGCUACAGUGCCUUCGGCUACAGUGCCUUCGGCUACAGUGCCUUCAGCUACAGUGCCUUCAGCUACAGUGCUUUCAGCUACAGUGCCUUCAGCUACAGUGCCUUCAGCUACAGUGCCUUCAGCUACAGCUUCAGCUACAGUGCCUUCGGCUACAGUGCCUUCAGCUACAGUGCUUUCAGCUACAGUGCCUUCGGCUACAGUGCCUUCGGCUACAGUGCCUUCGGCUACAGUGCCUUCAGCUACAGUGCCUUCAGCUACAGUGCCUUCAGCUACAGUGCUUUCAGCUACAGUGCCUUCAGCUACAGUGCCUUCAGCUACAGUGCUUUCAGCUACAGUGCUUUCAGCUACAGCUUCAGCUACAGUGCCUUCAGCUACAGUGCCUUCAGCUACAGUGCCUUCAGCUACAGUGCCUUCAGCUACAGUGCUUCAGCUACACUACAGUGCUUCAGCUACAGUGCCUUCAGCUACAGUGCCUUCAGCUACAGUGCCUUCAGCUACAGUGCCUUCAGCUACAGUGCCUUCAGCUACAGUGCCUUCAGCUACAGUGCUUUCAGCUACAGUGCCUUCAGCUACAGUGCCUUCAGCUACAGUGCCUUCAGCUACAGCUUCAGCUACAGUGCCUUCGGCUACAGUGCCUUCAGCUACAGUGCUUUCAGCUACAGUGCCUUCAGCUACAGUGCUUUCAGCUACAGUGCCUUCAGCUACAGUGCCUUCAGCUACAGUGCCUUCAGCUACAGUGCUUUCAGCUACAGUGCUUUCAGCUACAGCUUCAGCUACAGUGCCUUCAGCUACAGUGCCUUCAGCUACAGUGCCUUCAGCUACAGUGCCUUCGGCUACAGUGCCUUCAGCUACAGUGCCUUCAGCUACAGUGCCUUCAGCUUCAUCACAGUCUGA